UUAGUGUUGUGAUAUUGGCGCUGUAUGACACGCUGAAGCAGAUUGUUUAGGAAAAAAAAAAAAUGCAACUUUUCCGCAAGUUGAUAAUGUUUCUUUUAUUUGUGUUUGUGGUUGGCUCUCGUGCUUUACCGGUUGAUGUUAGCACAUUAACAUUCGCGAACGUUUGCGAAGAACGCGGGGACUGGUGCAGCGUAAAAUGUCAAAUUGCUGGUGGACGUGACGGCUAUUGCAACAAAGCAAAAAUAUGCAAUUGCCGGCAAUUGUAAACUGAAUUUCA